GUGUGUGUGCAGUCUGACUGACAGGAUGACGUGUUGCAGCUUGUAGACCACAGCUCACCAGAUCAUGACACGCCUACAGCACACAGCCUGCACUACCGGGGCCCUGAAGUCAACCAUACUUCUGUUUCUUCUUCUUCCCUGAGCUGCUUUCUGUUCCCCUCGUCUUGUCUUCUCUCUCUGUGUGUUUGUCGCAUUCAGCCGGGGAUGGCGGAACUGGAGGGCCUGGAGUUUGGGAAGUCGGACUUUGUGCUGCUCGAUGAGGUGACGAUGGAGCAGUUUAUGGAGAAUCUGAAGUUGAGGUUCGAGAAGGGCCGGAUCUACACCUACAUCGGAGAGGUGGUCGUCUCCGUUAAUCCUUACAGAGAGAUGGACAUUUAUGGCAAAGAUACCAUUGAUGCUUACCGCGGCCGGGAGCUGUAUGAAAACCCUCCCCACCUCUAUGCAGUGUCCGAUGCCGCCUAUAAGGCCAUGAAGAGACGAGCUAAAGACACCUGCAUCGUCAUCUCAGGUGAAAGCGGUGCAGGAAAAACCGAAGCCAGUAAAUACAUCAUGCAGUACAUCGCAGCCAUUACGAACCCCAGCCAGAGAGCAGAGGUGGAGAGUGUGAAGAACGUGCUGCUGAAGUCCAACUGUGUCCUGGAGGCCUUCGGGAACGCCAAGACCAACCGCAACGACAACUCCAGCCGCUUCGGCAAAUACAUGGACAUCAACUUCAACUUCAACGGCGACCCGACCGGAGGUCACAUCAACAACUACCUGCUGGAGAAGUCCAGGGUGGUCCAGCAGCAGGAAGGAGAGAGGAACUUCCACUCCUUCUACCAGCUGCUUCGUGGAGGCUCAGAGGAGAUGCUGGCGUCCUUCCACCUGCAGAAGGAUCCUGCUCUGUAUGUUUAUACCAGAGAGGGAGCUGCAGCCACGACUUCCAACAAUGAUCGAGUGAGCCACAAAGCGGUGAUGAGCGCCCUGGAGGUCAUCGGCUUCUCCGCCGAGGAGAUCAGCUCAGUUUAUCAGAUCCUCGCCACCAUCCUGCUUCUGGGAAACAUUCAGUUUGAGACUGACGGCGAGAGCGUUCGGAUCGAAGGACUCGACGCCGUGAACCACAUCUCCGAGCUGACGCUUACAGAUCCGGACAGUGUCAGUAAGAGUCUGCUGUACCGGACGGUUGCCACCGGCGGCGGAGACGUCAUCGAGAAGGGACACUCGGAGCAGGACGCCUGCUUCGGACGGGACGCCUUCGCUAAGGCGCUCUACGAGCGGCUGUUUGGAUGGAUCGUGAGCCGCAUCAACAGCAUCAUUGAAGUCAAAGACUACAACCCAGUGCUUCAUGGGAAAAACACGGUGAUCGGCGUGUUGGAUAUCUACGGUUUUGAGAUAUUUGACAACAACAGCUUUGAGCAGUUCUGCAUCAACUACUGCAACGAGAAGCUGCAGCAGCUUUUCAUCGAGCUGAUCCUCCGUCAGGAACAAGGAGAGUACCAGAGAGAGGGCAUCACCUGGCAACACAUUGAUUACUUCAACAACCAGAUCAUCGUGGAUCUGGUGGAGCAGCAGCAUAAAGGCAUCAUCUCCAUCCUUGACGAGGCUUGUCUCACAGUUGGUAAAGUCACCGACACGGUCUGCCUGGACAGCAUGGACUCCAAACUGGCUCAGCAUCCUCACUACACCUCCCGCAAGCUCAGCCCCACUGACAAAUCCAUGGACUUCCAGAAACACUUCCGGAUUCGCCACUACGCCGGAGACGUCACAUAUUCCGUUGAAGGUUUUCUGGACAAAAACAAGGAUCUGCUUUUCCAGGAUUUCAAGCGUCUGAUGUUCAACAGUGCCAAUCCAGUCCUGAAGGAGAUGUGGCCAGAUGGUCAGCUGAGCAUCACGGAGGUCACCAAGAGACCUCAGACCGCCGCCACCCUCUUCAAGAACUCCAUAGUGGCUUUGGUUGAUAAACUGGCCUGUAAGGAGCCGUACUACGUGCGAUGCAUAAAACCCAACGAGAUGAAGUCGCCGGUGCUGUUUGACGACGCCCGCUGCCAGCACCAGGUGGCUUACCUGGGCCUUCUGGAGAACGUGAUGGUCCGCAGGGCUGGCUUUGCCUACAGGCAGCCAUACGCUCGCUUCCUGCAGCGGUAUAAAAUGACGUGUGAAUACACCUGGCCGAACCACCUGAUGGACUCAGACAGGGAUGCCGUGGAGGCCAUCAUCACGCAACACGGUUUCCAGGACGAUGUGGCGUAUGGUCAUACCAAGCUGUUUGUACGAACGCCACGCUCUCUCUUCACCCUGGAGCAGGAACGAGCCGCCCUCAUCCCCAUCCUGGUGCUCUUCCUGCAGAAGGUCUGGCGUGGCGCUCUGGCUCGUCUGCGGUGCCGGCGGAUGCGAGCCAUCUACGCCAUCAUGGGCUGCUACAAGCGCUACAAGGUGAAGGCCCACUUCUGGGAGGUGGAGCGGAGCUUCGCCAACGUGAGGACGAUGGGCGACUACGGGAAGAGCGUGAAGUGGCCCACGCCGCCGGCGGCCCUGUCCCAGUUUCACAGCAUCACAGUGAUGCUGCAUCGCAGGUGGUGGGCCAGACAGAUCGUGAAGAACAUCCCUCCGUCUGAUAUGCUGGAGGUCCGGGCCAAGGUGGCGGCUCUGACGGCGCUGAAUGGCGAGAGGAAGGACUGGGGAGUCGGCCGAGCCUGGGAGAGGGACUACCUGGCAAACGUUCGGGACUGCCCUCAGACCAGCUCCACCUUCAUCCGGGCAUCCAAGGAUCUGAAGAACAGAGAUGGCUACAGUCAGGUCGUCUUCUCGGGUUUCUGUAGGAAGAUGAACAGAUUCAACAAGAGCUCAGACCGAGCCCUGCUGGUCACAGACAAGUACGUCUACAAGUUAGAGCCAAAAAAGGAGUACAAGGUUCUGAAGAGGCUUCCUCUGGACGCUUUUACCGGCGUAAGCGUGACUAGCGGGGUUGACCAGAUGGUGGCGCUCCACACAUCCUCCCAGGAUGACGUCCUCAUGUGUCUGCAGCGAGGCCAGCUGUGUCCCAACCAGGACCGGGUGGGUGAGCUGGUGGGAGCGUUGGUGGACCACUUCACACGCAUCAGAAAAGGUCCACUGCCUGUCAAGGUUUGCCCCUCAGCCUUGCAGCUCCACAUGCGAGGCAAACCCAAGAGCGUUGGCGUGGAAACCAAGCCAGGCCAGACCAUGGCGGACUUCAAGAAGAGCCGAGACGGUUUCAUCCUCCUGGUUCCUGCUAACUAACGUUCCAUCUGCGACCCGUGGACAUCAGAAAACGUCUUGAGACGGGAUUCGCUUUGGGAAGCUGCAGCUUUUUCUCACCAGCCAUCUGUUUGUCAUCUUUUUCCUGCAGGUUUAAAACUUUUAACCCACAGCAGAGUCUGCUUCCUCAGUCCUGAUUCCUGAGUCCUGAGAAACUUUAAAGGAUCUGAUGGUGACAUGAGAAAACAUCUCAGUUUAUGCUUCUUUUUCUAGAUAUUUUAAAGUAUUUCUAAAGUUCAAACUAAAUUAAUACACUUUUUAUUUAGAGAAAUUGUACAUUUAAGUAGAAAAAUACCAGAAAACAUUUCAGCUGUUUUUGUUGGUCUGAACCUGCAGCCUGCAGGCCACUUCAACCACGUCAGAGAUGACUAAAGAAGGAAAUUAAACUAAAAUAAAUUAUUCGAGGUUU